UAUGUGUAACUGAAUAUAAGUAAUUCUCGCGAAACGGUAAACAAGAGUACGUACUUUUAAUCCGAUUUUGACUUUACUUUAUCCUUAAAACAAAGCAUUAGUUGGAAUGGCUAAGCUACUUUCGAUUCCUGGUUCGGUAAUCGAAACCGAAUGACACGCUCGCAAAAAUUCACCGUAGAAAACCGGCGGUCACCGCCUCUAUUGCGUAUAAAUGGAAAAGUUAAAAAACGGCCAAUGCAAUCGUUACAAGCAUACGUAAUCGACUUGUGCUUACGGCAACUUCAUGUGACAAACUUUAACUCAAGUGGAAAUGUACAGAAAAUUUAAAAACGUGAAGAAUUGUCCCGCCAAUCAUCGACGCGCUUAGGCCCCACCCCCUCUGACGUCAUGGCGAUAACACGUGACGCCAAUAGUGACGUGGGCGCUUAGUUGUUCGACCAGUUAAGGAUUUCGCAAUGUUGCAACAUACCGUGCCUUUUGGUACCGCCAUAUGUAAAAACAUUCUGUUUUUGGCUUAUCUGGUGUUUGUAAUAAACGUUAUUUGUAUUCCAAUGUUUCGUUUGCAAUUCGGCAAGUAACACUACAUACGGGUUUGACAACAUACGUGUGACUUCAUUUAGUAUUGACUCUAGUCUAAAUUAUAACAUGGACAAGUAAAUUCAAACAUAUACUUUAUUUCAAACAUACGAACUGUAACUAAAUGCUUGCCUUUACCAAAAUAAUCAUAUUUUGCAUAUUUUCUUCAUGAAUUUCGUUAACUUAACAUUUUAAAAGCCAAGUAACACUGUAUGUUAAUACACUGCAUUAUGCUACUGACAACUGCAGCUGUUUUAACCCACUGCAUGACUAACAACAAUGUGGUCGCAAAUUUUAAACCAUAACAAAAAUAAAACAAAGCAGUCUCAUACUUUUAAUGCAAACAAUGACUUUGCAAUACUAAUACACCUCAAGCCUACAUGUACUCCCUCGGCAGCGCGUUCCCUCUAUAAGCUUAGCAAACAUUCAGCCGGCAAGGACAAAACGUCAUGACUUACAUCGUUGUUUCAUCAUCUGUUUGCGCACGGUACGCUCUGACGUCAUUGUGACCGCGCGACCAAAGUACGCUUUCGUCGCUUGUUACGUCACAAACAGUUACAUAAUCGAAAUGCGCGUCUACGCGAGGUGACAGACACUCCAAAUCGAUCUUUUCUGGACAGCAGCAAUGUAAACUCGGUAGUAAAAACACUUUACAACUCUCAUGCUUGUAUUGCCUGAGCGUUUCGUAUUUGUUUGCACUAUCCGGACGAAUUACAUUUAAACGCUUGGCUGGGCACAGCAUGUUCGUUCUUAAUUGACUGAAUUAAACAUAAUAGGCCACUUCGCUACUCAAUCGCUAUGAACUAGGCUUUCCGUUCUUAACGGCGUUUUAUAAUCGCGGUUUAGACCUUGCAGUGCCGACAUAUGUGUCAAUCAAGUUUAAAACAGCUUGGCUAUGCAUUGCAGCAAUUGAAAUCUAAUUUACACAGAAUGCCUGCCAUAUUAGCUAACUAUAUACUUAUAUACGUACGUUUUACGAAGCGUUUAAAUUAAAAAUGGCGUCAAAUUGAAUUUUCAUUGUUUACCUAUAACUCUGCUUAUAUAGAUAAAUUAUAAAACACGAACCCGUACUAAUGUAUUCCUAUCUGUAUUUUCUAAUUUUUCCUCUUGUUCGAGAUUAUUUAGUGCUGCAUGAACUAAAAACACGUGUCUUAUGUACAAAAAAUUAAAACAUAUUAUCUUAAGUAACAACCAAAAAAAAAUCAAAAAAGGUGGCGUAAUAUUUUUCAGUGUUGCAAAACAUAUUGUUUGUCAUUUUCAUUUCUUUUCAAAAAUGGGGACAAACGAAUGUCUAAGAUUAAUGUCGUGCAAUUAGUAACGAUAUGGUAAUUUAUAAGUUCCUUAUAAUGUUUAUAAGGUGCAUGUUAUACGUCACAUGAUGUUGUUGACUGGCACUUCCUUUUGACGACAUUUCCCUGUAUGAGCAACCAGUUAUAAACAACAAAUGAAACAACGUGCGCAUGCAGGAAUUAAAUUACUCUUUCAGUGAAAGUAUUAUGCCCACGUUAAAACAAUAGAAAUAUAUCGGAAGGGACAGCGGCGCAAUCGAAGAAGCCAUCAAUAUUAGAGUGCCUCUUAUUUUAUCCAAUGGUCGUCACGACCGAAAUGGAUGAUUCCAACGAUUAUGAAAUUCCGAUAUCUUUUAAAAAAGAAGAAAAUGCUCCACCAGACGAUGACGCAGACUUUGUUGACGUGGAGAAUUUAAAGUUAUGGUCACCGGAGGAUAACCCCGUUUCUAAUGAUCAGAAGCCAAGAAAGGGAAUAUCUACAAAUCACAUAGAGAGGUUUGGUGGUACACUGCCGUCGCCCGGACGAAAUUUAGAGCCCACUGUUAUACCGAGAUCGGUGUCAUUUGCUUCAAAACUUACGAAUAGCGUGAAUCGUCCAACGAAUACAGCGAAACCUGAAAGAGCGUUUGUGACGUCAACUAAACGACAAAAUGACGCGUUUGCCUACGUCAUCGAUUCAGUUGAUACUACGUCACAACCCGGAAGUAUUUCGUCAUGCUUUUCCGGUUCACACGGAAACCUGUUAAAAUUAAAACAAUCAAGAGAAAGGAAUAAAAUCAACAGAAGCAGAACAGUCGGAGAAGCUGAUUAUAAAAGAAAAGUGACAACGGAUUUCAGCGCAACUCGUGGUCACUCCUUCAGCUGCGCAGCGCCGUCUAACGGGAAACUAACUAUAGACGAUGAUCUGUGUUCGUUGGAAAAUAGCGAGAUUUACACAGCUGUUAGUUUAGCAGGAACACUAACUCGCAAUGCUGCACCAUCAAAGUUUAAAUGGCGAUGGAACAAAUAUAAGAAGUUGUACGUCAUCAUUGGGGUGAUGGGUGUACUUCUCGUUAUCUCUACCACAGCAGCGGUUGUGCUGGCAAUCCUAAGAUGCUGAAAGUGCAUGUUUCUGACAAGCUAUUGAUGCAACGAACAUUUUGAAGACAAGAGCGCUAAUGGUUAUUGAUUCCUGCCUUUUAAAUCCACGACUUUCUGUAAAGCGGCGACUUAGUAUUAAUUUGUUUUCAGGGAUCGUACUUUAGACACCGAAGUGUUCAGGUUAAUGGGUAAGAGGUAAGGGGUUUCUAUAGAUCUUUUUGAGGCGUGGUAAAGUUUAUUUAACAUAAUGUUUCAAUUCACAUACGUUGCCAAGCGAAACGAAGCAUGUUGUUUUAAAUGUUGGAAUUUUUAUCAGUUUGAUGUUUGCCUUUUAUGUUUCGUCACGACUCAUGUAAUAUAAUCAAAACACGCAUUACACGAAUGCCAGCCGAAGCA